UCUGUACAUUGCAGUCGAUUGUAGUCAAGGUUCUUGAAUCAGUGUAUUUAGUGCAUUUGCCGUUUAGAUACCAACAAUUAUGGAUGUAACAAAGGUUCUCGUCGCCGACGCCGUGGACCUGGCUUGCGUGAAUCUGCUUAAAGAUCACGGCAUUCAAGUUGACUGUAAGUUAAAAUUGACGAACGAUCAAUUAAUUAAGGAGAUCGAUGGUUACGAAGGGUUAAUUGUGCGUUCGGAUACUAAGGUCACCAGAGAUAUAAUUGCAGCAUCAAAUAAAUUGAGAGUAAUUGGCAGGGCAGGAGUCGGCGUCGAUAAUAUUGAUAUACCAGCAGCCACUGAGAAGGGGAUAAUCGUUCUCAACGCGCCUGGCGGAAAUUCGAUUAGUGCUUGCGAAUUAACAUGCUCUUUGAUAACAUGUUUGGCCAGGAACGUGGUAAGCGCUGCAGCCAGUUUAAAAGCUGGCAAAUGGGAGAGAAAAUUAUUCAGCGGUCACGAGCUUCACGGAAAAACAUUGGCCAUCAUCGGGUUGGGUAGAAUCGGUAAGGAAGUAGCCAUCAGGAUGCAAGCCUGGGGCAUGAACACCAUUGGAUUUGAUCCCAUCGUAACAAAAGAUGAUGCGGCCAAAUUCAAUGUGUCUAAAAUGGAAUUGGAAGAAAUUUGGCCGUUAGCCGAUUAUAUUACUGUCCACACACCACUGAUUGAGCAAACAAGAAAUUUAAUCAACAAAACUGCGCUUGCAUCAUGCAAAAAGGGCGUUCGUAUUAUUAAUGUGGCACGUGGCGGAAUAAUCAACGAAGCUGAUCUGUUGGAAGCUUUGGAGGCUGGUAUUUGCGGUGGAGCUGCACUGGACGUAUUUCUUCAAGAACCACCCACAGACGAGACGACUUUGAAACUCAUUGCCAAUGAUAAGGUUGUGGCUACGCCCCAUUUGGGUGCAAGCACAAUCGAAGCACAAGUGCGGGUGGCAGUUGAAGUUGCUGAGCAAUUUAUCGCUUUAACAGGCAAAUCCAAAACUUAUACAAAACUCUUUGGAGUUGUUAAUAAAUCUGUCUUGAAGGAAUAAUGCUCUGUAUCAAUACAAUUCAAUUUCAACUUAUAUUUUCUGUAUACUUUUUCUAAAUA